GUCAUUUUCCUGCACGGGUUGGGAGACAACGGGCAUGGAUGGGCAGAAGCCUUUGCAGGUAUCAGAAGUUCACAUAUCAAAUAUAUCUGCCCACACGCGCCUGUUAUGCCUGUAACAUUAAAUAUGAACAUGGUUAUGCCUUCUUGGUUUGAUAUCAUUGGGCUUUCGCCGGAUUCCCAGGAGGAUGAACCUGGAAUUAAACGCGCGGCAGAGAACGUAAAAGCUUUAAUAGAUCAAGAGGUGAAGAACGGCAUUCCUUCUAACAGAAUUAUUUUGGGAGGAUUUUCUCAGGGAGGAGCUCUGUCUUUAUACACUGCGCUGACCACGCAGCAGAAACUGGCGGGUGUCACCGCGCUUAGUUGCUGGCUUCCACUCCGGGCUUCAUUCCCACAGGGUCCUGUCAGUGGUGUUAACAAAGAUAUUUCUAUUCUUCAGUGCCAUGGGGAUUGUGACCCUUUAGUUCCCCUAAUGUUUGGCUCUGUUACUGUUGAGAAACUGAAAUCAUUGGUAAAUCCAGCCAAUGUGACGUUCAAAAUCUAUGAAGGCAUGAUGCAUAGCUCAUGUCAGCAGGAAAUGAUGGAUGUCAAGCAAUUCAUUGAUAAACUCCUACCUCCGAUCGACUGACGUCAUUAAGGGGCCUUGUGUAGAAGAACACCAGCAACAUCGUAGUAGAGGAUACACUUUUCCCAAGCCCAGUCCUAAAACUUCUAAUGUUUGCAGUGUUAAAAUGUUUUGCAAAUACACAUCAAUGAUAUAUAAUAAAUAACGUUUCCUUGUGGGAAAUUUAUGAUCUUUUAAGUUUCUAUACAUGUAUUUGUAUAAUGUGAUCCAGAAUAUAUUAGUAUUAAAACAGGUGAGGCAGCUAGGUUCUUUCUCUCAAAUGUAAUUCAGCAAAAUAAUAAAAUAGUACAACCAGAUUUUUUUUAUUACAUCACUUGAAAAUUACCAGUACACUAUUGAAAAUUUGUUCAGGUAAAAUGAACAGGUUAGGUAUAAAUGAUUUAGGCAUGCUGUGACUUAGUCUAUGGAUUUAUUCCAGAGUUGCUUAGUCACCAUGCAGUGUCUGUAUUUUUCUAUAUGUGUUCAUUAUGCAGAAUGAUUGUAAUACGUAAGAAUUAGAUGUUACUUCAUUAUUCUUGAUAACAGGGAUGAUGCUUUUGUCAGUAAAGAGUAACACUGCUCCCUUCAUUUAAUGGCCCCUUUGUUUGAGGGACCAGGUUUUUCUUUUCCUUGAUGUUGUUUGUAUUUAAUAUUUUCUCAAGGAAAAAAAUGUUUUCUUUCAUGAGUAUUCUUCAUAGCAGACCGAAUAUAUUGCCUCCCUGCUGUCGACAUCUACCGUCUAUACAUGCUGUAAUUUGACAAUGUCAAUUACAGACAUAAGAUAUUUAAAAUGUAUACACACUUUAAAAGAAACCAAACAUUAUUUAAACUUCUUACCUUAUAUAUUUCAAAUCAUUAUACUUUAGUUCAAAUUUAGACUUAGAGUCUGCAAUUCUGAUAAUAAAAGGUUAUUAUUUUUAUGUAAGCAGUUGAAUGAAUAAUUAGAUCAUAUUGACAUGUACAGAAAUAUUUAAGACAGAUCUUAAAUUUCUAAAAUUAUUGGUUUGUCACAUUUAAGUUUCCUUUCUCUGUACAUAUUUUUGAAACCAACUACUGUAGAAAAUGACAAAACUGCUUUAUUGUUAUCUGCCAGUGGUCUUUCUUGAAACUUUCACUUCAAAUUAUUUUUAAAAAUUAGUCUUUUGUGCAGACAUAAAAAUGGCAGUCAUUUGAUUUUAAAUAGUCAAAAUUUCCAGAUUAAUAGUCAAAAAUUUGAGAACAAUUUUAUGGAUAAUAACAGUUAAUCAGAACCCUAUAAAUAUGGUAUAGUUACCAUGUAAUGUAAAAUGUAGCAAAAAUGUAUGCUUCAUAUUUUUGAACUGUAUUAAUUUUUCUGCUGUAUUUCAACUUACCAAAACAAUGUUAAGAGUGCAUCUUUAUGGUGCUAAUUAAUCAUGAAAGUAAUCUAGUAAUGGACUACAUGGGAUGUUUAUAAUGAAGCCAUAUGUUUAUUUCUAGAUUUAAAAAUUUUAAACAAUCAUUUACUAAGUUAUUCUGCUUUACCUUGCAGAACUGUAGACUUAGUUCAGUUAUACAAAUCAGUAAGAUCUUAUUUAUAGCAAGAACUAUUCCGUUGAAAUAUUGUGCUAUAAUGUGGGACAGUGUAAAUGUUUUUCAUGAUUUCUAUCAAUGUGAAAUAAAAUUUAAUUCUGA